AUGAGACAUUCGCUAGUGUGGCUCUGUUUGUUUGGAUUAGUAUCAUUAGGUAAUUGUUUGCCAACUCAGGAAGAGCUUGAAGAGCAACGAUGGCAAAUUACAGAGGAUGAAAGUGGCCAUAGACACCUUGUGAACGGCGGGCCAUUGUUCGAUUCGUUCAACAGUCCGGAGGUGUUGUUCGAGCCGGAAAAAGAUAUUCGAUUUAUGUUGUACACCCGUUCAACAGCCGAUAGUCCGCAGAGAAUCGCUAACAAUGACUAUGAUUCGGUGAUGAGUUCUCAAUUCAAUCCGAGUCACCCGACGAGAAUUGUGAUUCACGGUUGGGGCGGCAGUCAAAAUUCAUUGAUAAAUCUCAAUAUUCGAAACGAGCUGUUCAACAUUGGGCAGUUCAAUUUCAUCUUCGUCGACUGGGGAGCAGGAAAUGAUCCAUUUUACCCGAACUCACGACGAUUGGUGUAUCCGGUUGGAAUUGCCACAUCUAAUUUAAUUGAUUAUCUCGUAAAGGUGGCUGGUUUGGACCGAGGUGAUGUGGCAGUGAUUGGACAUAGUUUGGGGGCACAUGCCGCUGGGAACGUCGGAAAGGGGCAGUUCGGCAGAUUGCCGACUAUAAUCGGUUUGGAUCCAGCGCUGCCAUUUUUCGCCGGAGACGUCAUCGAUCGAAUAAAGAAAACUGAUGCCGAGCAUGUGGAAAUUAUACACACAAAUGGUGGAGUAGCAGGAUUCCUGGAUCCCAUCGGGGAUGGAGAUUUUUACCCGAAUUGGGGACGAAUUCAGCCGGGUUGUGGUCCAGACAUCGACGGGGGCUGUGCUCAUCAACGUGCCGUGGAUUAUUACGUUGAAUCGAUUGCGUCGAGAAUCGGAUUCAAUGCUGUGCAGUGUUCUAGUUUCCAAGAUAUUAGAAGUGGAAUGUGCGCAACAACGGGGGCAACUGCCAGAAUGGGUGGAGAACCACCGAAUAGAGGUUCUUCGGUGCGUGGUGUUUAUCAUUUGACAACUGCUAGCGGAAGACCUUUCGCAGCGGUUGAUUAA